GCAGGAGCGGCCGCUGGUGCUGGACUGCCAGGUGGAGGGAAUCCCGCCCAUCACCAUUACAUGGCGGAAGAAUGGAGCGAUGAUCAUGGAGAAUGAAAACAUCUUUGUGCUGGCCAAUGGAUCGCUGUAUGUCUCCCACUUCCAGAAAGUCAGGGGGAAUGGGUCAUCCGAUGAAGGCGAAUAUGACUGCAUGGCUCAAAACCGCUUUGGGCUGGUGGUCAGCCGCAAGGUGAAGAUUCAAGCAGCUACUAUGUCAGACUUCCAUAUUCACCCUCAGAAUGCAGUCGUGGAAGAAGGCGGUGUCGCAAGGUUCCAGUGCCAGAUCCAUGGUUUACCAGAGCCUGUAAUCUUGUGGCAAAAGAAUCGAGUUCCCAUCAACACAGACAAUGAUAGGUACACGCUGCUUCCCAAAGGAGUCUUGCAGAUUACCGGACUCAGAGCAGAAGACAGUGGGAUUUUUCACUGUGUGGCUACCAACAUUGCUAAUGUGAAGUUCAGUCGGGAGGCCAGACUCUCUGUGUCAGGCUCCCAUUCUACGGUUUACAAGGAUCCCAUGAUUCUUGUUGGCCCAGAGAACCUCACCCUGACUGUGCACCAGACAGCUAUCCUGGAAUGCAUUGCAACUGGAAAUCCCAGGCCCAUUGUGUCCUGGAGUCGACUAGAUGGCCGUCCCAUUGGCGUAGAAGGAAUUCAGGUGCUGGGGACAGGAAACCUAAUGAUUUCUGACCUCACUGUGCAGCAUUCUGGGAUAUACGUGUGUGCUGCUAACAAACCCGGCACCAGGGUGCGGAGAACUGCCCAGGGAAGGCUAGUCGUACAAGCCCCUGCGGAGUUUGUGCAACACCCUCAGUCAAUUUCCAGACCUGUAGGGACAACUGCAAUCUUCACCUGCCUGGCCCAGGGAGAGCCUCCCCCUCAGAUCACCUGGCUGAAGAACGGGCAGAUCCUAGAACCGACUGAUCACAUCAAACUGAAGAAUAACAACAGCACGCUCACAAUCUACGGGAUCAGUCAGGAGGAUGAAGCCAUCUACCAGUGCAUCGCUGAGAACAGCGCUGGCUCCACCCAAGCCAGCGCACGCCUGACGGUGCUGUGGGCAGAUGGGUUGCCUGGACCUCCGCAGAAUGUGAAAGCUGAGACGGUCUCCGCAACCACUGUCCAGGUAUCCUGGAGUGAACCUCUGCAGAACACCAAGGAGAUCAUCGGUUAUGUGCUGCACAUAAGGAAAGCUGCAGACCCCGUGGAGAUGGAAUACCAGGAGGCUGUUAGCAAAAGCACCUUCCAGCAGCUAGUGGCGGAUUUAGAGCCCUCGACCAGUUAUAGCUUCUAUAUAAAGGCUUAUACCUCCCGGGGUGCCAGCAAAGCCUCUGAAGUCAUGCUGGUGAGCACGCUGGGGGAAGUCCCAGCAAUGCCAUCCCUCUUUAUUAAAGUUCUUAACAGCACCACCAUCCAAGCGGUGUGGGAGCCCUCCGUCAAACUGGGCCAGCAUGAAGGAUUCAAACUCUACUACCGUAAAGUUCACCUAUCCCACUUUACUGGCCCUAUGCUUCUGCCCGGCAACAUUACAUCUUAUAACAUUACUCACUUGGACCCGUCAGUGGUAUAUGAAGUAAAACUCCUGGCAUAUAACCAGCAUGGGGAUGGAAAUUCUACUGUCCGCUUUGUAUCCCUUCGAGAAACUGUUGAAAGAACAGUGUUGAAUCCCCCGUGUGACUGCAUGAAAGAUGAGCAAAAUAAUAAGACCUCUACCACGGGGAUCAUCAUUGGGAUCCACAUUGGAGUCACGUGCAUUAUAUUCUGUGUCCUGUUCCUCAUGUUUGGGUACAGAGGAAGACUGCUGAUGUGUAAAAAUGUCCAGGAACAGUUGUCAACCCCGCAGAUCCCGAGGAGUCAGAGGAACACCACAGGCCUGGUUCUGAAUGGAGCCGCUCGGAGGGACAGGGAUGACCUGGACGUGAAUGGGAAGCAACUGGAGAUGAACGAGCUGGAAAGGUUGUUUCUAGCAUUGCCUUCCCAGGAUCAACAGGAUAAGGGAAUAAUGCCAGAUCACGUCCCACCUGACUCGCAUGAUGAGACUCAGAUAUCUACACUUCCACUGGAUGAAUUCAGCAUUAUAGAAGAACAGCUCAAUCCCCCAGCCAGCAGUCUGGCUCCUGAUGAUCAAGGUGGACCACUACACAACUUUAGCCAGGAAGUCCCAGCCUUGAAACAUAGUCUCACCAGUGAAGGAUAA